AAUGGUGGCAAAAAUGGAGAGUCCAGAACUUAAUAAAGCGGAAAAGAUCAGUCUGAAGGAGAAACAUCGUGGAAAACAGACUGGAAAAAAAACCUCACACAAAAGAGCUCGAAAAAAAGCAGCUAGAAGCGCCUGCACCUGCCAACAGUGCGGAAAAACCUUCAGUCGAAACGCAAACCUGAAAAUCCACAUGAGAAUCCACAAUGGAGAGAAGCCGUACACCUGCUCUGACUGCGGAAAGAGUUUCAAUCAUCAGGUAAACCUCAGAGUCCACAUGAGAACACACACCGGAGAGCUGCCGUUUGCUUGCCAGCAGUGCGAGAAGAGAUUCAAUGAAAAGGGAGGCCUUAAAAGUCACAUGAGAGUUCACUCUGGAGAGAAGCCUUACUCCUGCCCUCAUUGCGGAAAGAGCUUCAAUCGAAAAGGAAACUUCAAGAUUCACAUGAAAGGUCACACUGGAGAAAGGCCUUACAGCUGCCCUCAGUGCGGAAAGACCUUCAUCCAGAAGAAAGAUCUGAAGUGCCACAUGAGGAAUCACACCGGCGAAAGCCCUUACACCUGUAAACUGUGUAGGAAGAGUUUCGCACAAAAGGUGCAUCUUGAGGCUCAUGUGAGGAUCCACACCGGAGAGAAGCCCUUCAUAUGUAGUCAAUGCGGUAAGAGGUUUGCGCAGAAGGGAACCCUUAACACCCACAUGAGGAGUCACACCGGCGAAUGUCCGUACACCUGCAACCUGUGUGCCAAGAACUUCACGCGGAAAGAAAGUCUUGUAACUCACAUGAGAAUUCACACGGGGGAAAGGCCAUUCAUAUGCGGUCAGUGUGGAAAGUGCUUCACACAUAAAGGAAACCUUAACGGCCACAUGAGGACUCAUGCUCAAGAAAGCCGUUAGUCUUGUCAUUCUUGUACGAAGGACAAGAGUUUCAGAGGAAAGCUUUAUAAAGCUAAUAGUUUUGGUUCUUGAUUCAUGCUACGUAUAUAGACAUGAUCAUUUUAUAAAUGCAAUGUUCCCUGUGAUGCCAUGGUUUACGGUGAAUCUAGAAAAGCCGAGUGGGAUUUUAGCAACAGGGUUUAAAAGAUUAGUUCAGCCAAAAAUGAAAGUUGUGUUAUUCAUUUCUCACCCUAAUAUAGUUCCAAUCCCCAUGACACAUUUAUUUAUCUUCAGAACAAUAAAUGAAGAUAUGAAUCAUCAGAGAGCUCUCUCAUCCUCCAUUGACAGCAAUGGUCCCGAAAAGAACCAAAGCAUCAUCAAAACAGUCCAUGUGACUUCAGUGGUUUAACUGCAGUCAUGUGAAGCUUCAAGAACUCUUGCGAGCACCAAAGAAACUGUAAAAACAUCGUCUCUCCCACAUCAGGUCAGAAUAAAUCUGUAAUAAUUUUUAUUUAAGAUGUAUGUAAUACAGUAUAUUCUUUUAGAAGGCUGAUGAACACAGUAAUCUAUUUGUGAAUAUCUCAUCUCCAUAUUUAUGUGAUUGUCAUAAAUAUUCUUCUUUUUGGGGAGGGUGUUUGGAGAGUUCACUACUAAAACUGUAUAAGAUUUAAAACUUUCUUUCUUCUGGCACAAAGAAGUCUAGAUUAUUGAUUUGUUUUCGUUAUUAGGAGCAUUUUAUAUUAUAUUGAGGAGUCCGUUGUGCAUUUCUAAGCAGCCAUUUUUGAAAUAAAAACAGAAAUGAAGUUCAUUUCUUUGUGAUGACUUCUAUUUGUAUUGCAGUUGAUGUUAGGUAUCUUACGGUACGUCACCUAGAUUUGAAUUUCUUAGAGGAGUUUGUCAGGGUCGUCCAGUCUCGCCUUACCUUUUUGUAAUAGCAUCUCAACUUCCAACCCAGGCUCAUUCUGAGAACGUAGUCCCGGGGACGUUUCUGGAGACCGCGAAAUACGUCCCGGGAGGUACGUAUUUUUGCAGUUUUUGUUUUCGCGAGUCCGCGAGAGGCCGCUGUGCGCGUUUUUUCCCGCGUCGUUCUCGCGUAAACCUGCUAGAGGCCGCUGUCGAACGACCUUCCGCCUGUCUGCCUGGAUGACAGAAUGAUUGACCGUGCGACCGGCCAAUCGGCUGACCCACCCUCCUCCGUCCCUAAACCCAACCAACGACGAUUCACAAAAGCCGUCCAAAAAAAGAAAAGCCCUCGUCAGAUUUUUACCACGUUUUCGUAUUUUGACCACAUUCUCACCCUGUGACGAACUUGUUCGCUUCAUUUUUCGGAUUUUGUUUUUGUUUUCUUACCUGAUUUCUGGAACCGCUCUUCCCCGGACUCGAACCCGGUCGUCGUUGUCGUCGUCGUGGU